AUGAUUCAACAUCCUGGAAUCAAGAAUGAAACAGCAAUUAUUUUGAAAGGACUUCAGGGAACAGGUAAAAACAGAUUUACAGAUAUUAUUUCUGAACUUCUCGCCGGUUAUUCAUGUAAAAACAUUACUGAAAUAGGUGAGCUAACGGGUAAUUUCAACUCAGUAGUUGAAAAUAAAAUGUUUCUUGUACUUAAUGAACUCAAGAAUGUAGGUGAAGACAGACUCGCAAACUUCAACGCUUUGAAAUCAAUUAUUACGGAUAAUGAGAUUAGAAUUAAUGAAAAGAAUCAACCCAGAAGAACUGCUCAGAAUGUUGCCAAUUUCAUUUUGGUAACUAAUAACAUAUACCCUGUCAAAAUUGAAGUUGGAGACAGAAGAUACGUAGUUUUAAGAGUUAAUGGUAAAUUCAAGGGUCAAUUUGAUUACUUCAAGAAUUUAAUGGAUUCAUGCACUAAGGAAUUUUAUGAUAAUUUACUGACGUAUUUUAUGCAAUAUGACCUUUCAUCAUUUAAUGUACGAAUCAUUCCGAUGACUGAAGCCAAACAAGAUUUAAUAGAAUUAUCAACAAAUCCUUUAGAUGUAUGGAUAAAUACACAUUAUGAUGAAUUGUGUGCAGGUAUGACGUGUAAAAAUGCUCUAUGCUGCAAACCAUCAGACAUGAAAGACAAGAAUUUCCAAAUGAGCAUUAAGGAUAAAUGUGAUAGGAAACAGAGAAGAAUAGAUGGUAAACAAACAUGGUGUUAUGUUUUGAAAGAAGAAAUGAAAGGAUUAUAUAAACAGGUUGAACCAAACGAUAAUGAGGAUUCAUUUACCGAUGAUGAAAUACCUGUAAAUGAGCCGCUAAGCGGCGAGACCUGA